CGCCUAUACAUUGCCACAAUGAAAACCAAGCAAUCUGGUUUCUAUGAAGAGCAAGUCACAAGCAAUUGUAUCAUAACUUCCGAGACCCCAAAAGAAUUGACCGACUUAGCACUUUUGCGAUUCAAUGCCACAAUCUCAUAA